AUGACGGACCAGCAUCGUGCCCGCUUUCUUGCCGCGGAAAAGCAGGAUGGUGUGCGGUUUUCCUGGAACAUUUGGCCGUCGAGUCGCAUCGACGCCACGCGCAUUGUCAUGCCGCUCGCGUGUCUGUACACGCCGCUGAAGAAAACGGACCAGCUGCGGGUUGUGAAUUACGACCCGCUGAACUGUCGGAAGUGCGGAGCUGUGAUCAAUCCGUACGCCGUUCUGGACUACCGGCGGAAAACCUGGCGCUGCUGCUUCUGCGACAGCGAGAACGCGUUCCCGGGUUUCUACGCCGAGCGGUUGUCAGAGCAAAGUCUCCCCCUGGAGUGCCAACUCUCCACCAUCGAGUACAUUCUCCCGAACCAGAGGUCCAAUCCGCCGUUGUUUCUCUUUGUCCUGGACCGCGCGUUGAACAAUGCGGAGGACGAGCUGGAGUUCGAAAAGGCGAAGGACGCGCUGCAGGAGGUGUUCACGUUGCUGCCGCCGACCGCGCUCGUCGGCUUUAUCACGUUCGGGCACCUCGUCCAGGUGUUCGAACUCCGUUUCGAGGACCUGCCGAAAAGCUACGCCUUCAGCGGGGCGAAGCCCUACACCGCGGCGCAGGUCAGUCGGCAGCUGUUCCUGCGGCGCGACUACUACGGCAGCACCUCGGGCGGGUACGGUGGUCACAACAGCAGCGGGCAAAAUGAUCGCUUUGCAUCUUCUUCGAGCGCCGGGGUGGGCGGGGGCCCAACGACGACAACUUAUUCCACUCCCGACAGCCGAUUCGUGGCGCCGGCGCAGGAGUGCGACUUCAUUUUCCGGUCGAUUCUGGACGAUUUGACCCCGGACCGCUUUCCCCGCGACGGGCCGUCCGCGCGCGUGAACCGUUGUACCGGCGCCGCCAUUUCCGUCGCGGUUUCGCUGGCCGAGAAUUUGUCCGCGCUGGUCUGUGGCACGCGGAUCGUGCUGCUCACCUCCGGCCCCUGCACGGUGGGCCCCGGGCAGGUGGUGGUGAAAAACAAAGCGGAGUGUCUGCGCUCCUGGCACGACAUCCAGAAGAACAACACCAACGCCCAGCCCUGCAAGGCCGCGACCCGGUUCUACGCCGAGGAGCUGGCCCCGCGGUGCGCCCGCGACGGCAUCGCCCUCGACCUUUUCGCGUGCUCCCUGGACCAGGUGGGGAUUUUGGAGAUGCGGUCUUUGUGCGAAACCACGGGGGGGAUGCUGGUGAUGAGCGACGCGUUCUCCAUGCACGUCUUCCGUGACAGUUUCCUGCGGAUGUUCAUUAACCUGGACCCGGCCUCGAACGCGGAAGUUCAUCGGAAUUCCGGCCGCAACGCGCGGAUCACCUGCACCGCCUCCAAGCAGGUCAAGCUCGCGGGGGUCGUCGGUGGCUGCAAGUCGCUGCAAAAGAGGCACGCGUGCGUCUCGGAGAUGGAGGAGAUUGGGGAGGCGCAGACGAACGAGUGGGCGGCGGCCGUGCUGGACGAGGACAGCAGCUUUUGCUUUUUUCUCGACAAGACACUGAACGAAGCAUCGGAGCAGAUAGAGGUCCCGCACCAAGGAGGAGCCGGGACAAAUUUUCAAGUCGGCUACCUCCAAUUCCGCACCUUUUACACCGACCUGCAGCAGCAGAAGCGCGUGCGCGUCACGACUCUCGCGCGGGGGUUUGCGGACCCCAGCCUGUCGGACAUCGCCACCGGCUUCGACGACGAGGCGGCCACGGUGGUGCUGGCCAGGUACGCGGUGUCGCUCUUGGACCAAACCGCGUUUUACGGGGAAACGGAUGAAAUUCUGCGAAAGAUCGACCGGAUCCUGAUCCGCUUGAUGUCGCGGUUCGCGCAGUACAACAAACACGAGUUUGAAUCCUUCCAGCUGCCCGAGGAGUUCACCAGCUUCCCGCAGUUUGUCUACAACCUCCGCCGGUCCGCGUUUCUGAAUUUCUUCAACUGUUCCCCCGACGAAACCGCCUUCUACCGGGCGCAGCUCCGCCAGCAAACCUGCCAGAACAGCCUGCUGAUGAUCCAGCCCACGCUGGUUUCCUACGGCUUCGAUUGUCUGUACGGCCGCAGUGUGCUGCUCGACUCGACCAGUCUCGACAAAAAGGUGAUCCUGCUCCUCGACACCUUUUUCCAUGUCGUCCUGUGGCGGGGCGAAACGAUUCAGCAGUGGUUCGAGGCGAAGUACCACGAGAUGCUGCCGGAGUACCAGAACUUCAAAGACUUACUAGAACAGCCAGCCCGGGAUAUCCUAAGUAAAAACGUACCCACACCAGAGUCAGGAUGGGGAUUUUGCAACACAAACCUAGGAGUUUUGUGAGUCACGCAUGACAAGUUGCGCUAUGCAGUGUAGUGCAGGUUAGCAAGUGCAGCCGCAUCACAGAUUUAUCUGCUCAUCCUGUUCACAGCAUCACAAAUUCCAAAACACGACUGGAAAUGGCUCUCAUGGGGAUGCGCAUUACAAGUCUUCCUGUCUUUGCAUAUCUGCAUUUACAACUCUGGCGUGGGUACGUUUUUACUCAGGAUACGGGACGCGCUCCUGCUGCUGAAGCAGCGCCCCCUGGUCCCGAAGUUUGUCCAAACCUACGCGAACGGGAGUCAGGCCCGGUUUCUGGUGAACCGCGUAAACCCUUCGUCCGCCUCCGGGGCGGGCGGCGCGGGGAUGGGCGGCAUCGUACCAGAGCAAGCGACGGUGUUGACCGAGGACGUGGGUAUGCGCGGCUUCAUGGAAAGUCUGAUAAAAUACUGUGUAGAGUCGGAAGCCUCUUGA